CUUUCUGCUAAGAACCCAAAACCCCCAUUAUACAAAACCAAACAAGAGAUUAAAAAAGAUUGCUUUUUUAUUCUUAUUACCCCCUUCAGUUUCAUUUAUGCUUUUCAAAUUAAAACCAUCACCACCACCGAUGAGCUAGGGUUGCAGCUUCACCACCAUUGCUAAAACAAACAUUAUUACUCACUUCAGUUUUGAUUACAAUGGGUAAGAAUCUCUUGAUUCUUCUUGGUCUCACUCUCUUGCUUCUCUUAUUUGGAACCUUCUCAGUCUCAGCUGCACCAUCCACUACUUCCCCUGCUAAAAUUGUUACUGGUUUUCUCUCCAAUGCUGUGCCAGCUUUCACCAAGUGGGUGUGGUCCCUCAAGGCAACAACAAAAACGGCGGUUUCCAGCAGGUCGAUGAUGAAGUUUGAGAGUGGUUACAAUGUGGAGACAGUGUUUGAUGGAAGCAAGCUUGGAAUUGAGCCUUAUUCUGUUGAGUUGUUGCCCAAUGGGGAGCUUCUCAUUCUGGAUUCUUCCAACAGCAACCUUUACAGGAUCUCAUCUUCACUUUCUUUGUAUAGCAGACCGAAGCUGGUCGCGGGCUCUGCGGAAGGUUAUACUGGACAUGUUGAUGGAAAGCACAGGGAGGCUAGGAUGAACCAUCCGAAGGGGAUAACGGUUGAUGACCGAGGGAAUAUCUAUGUUGCAGAUACUACUAACAUGGCAAUUAGGAAAAUUAGUGAUUCAGGGGUUACUACAAUUGCAGGAGGAAAAUGGAUUCGUGGAGGGGGCCAUGUUGAUGGACCAAGUGAAGAAGCUAAGUUUUCUGAUGACUUUGACGUGGUUUAUGUUGGUAGUAGUUGUUCCUUACUUGUCAUAGACAGAGGAAACCGAGCGAUCAGGGAAAUUCAACUUCACUUUGAUGACUGUGCCUAUCAAUAUGGUAGCGGAUUCCCACUUGGGAUUGCAAUGCUUGUUGGGGCCGGCUUCUUUGGUUAUAUGCUGGCAUUGUUGCAGCGAAGACUCGGUACAAUUGUUGGUUCACAGGAUGAUCAGGUCCAAGUGAUGUCUUCCGUUUCACCUAGUCCUUUUCAACAGCCCAUGAAAUCUGUGAGGCCUCCCUUGAUUCCAUCCGAAUUCGAACCUGAAAAGCAAGAGGAAGGCUUCUUUGGGUCCCUUGGAAAGCUACUUGCCAAUGCCUCUGCAUCAAUGGUGGAGAUAAUGGGAGGAAUAUUUCCUGUUUUCAGAAGAAAACCACAAAGCUACAAGUUUCAAAGACAACCUCUGGUCCCACUGCAACAUCAAAAGCAAGCUUGGCCGGCGCAGGAAAGUUUCGUGAUUCCUGAUGGAGAUGAGCCUCCUUCUAUAGACAUGAGAACCCCAACCCCUCGAAAAACAUACCCUUUCAUGUCUAAAGACGCCGAGAAAAUGCAGCAAUUAAGGCAAAGUAGAGCAUUUUACAAUGGAUGGGACGGUGAUCUUCAGCAGCAGCAACAACCACAAAGACAUCAUCAUCGUCAUCAGUAUCAGUCAUCGACCCCUCACACUUACUUCGAGCAAAGCCGCGAGACAACCAAUGAGAUAGUGUUCGGGGCGGUGCAGGAACAAGAUGGUAAGGAGGAGUCUGUGGUAAUCAAGCCUGUGAACUAUGGUGACUCGCUAUAUGAACAUCACAAUAUCCGGUCUAGAGUGAAUUCCAUGGGUUAUACCCACAGGUAUUGAGUGUAUACAGUUUAGGAAUUUUAGAAGUAACAAAGCCUCAAUCCAUCUUUUGAUUGGAGAGGGAAAAUGAAGAAAUCAAGUAGUUAGUAUAAUGAUUUCUUUCAGAUGUAUCUUAGCAAGGCGAAGCUGGUCAUUAUGAUGUGAAUUGUUUUAUUCAGUUUUGCCAAAUUUAGGUUGCUGUAUUAUUUUAGAUCAAUAGAUUCUGCAUUUUACUUCU